AUGAAUAUCCUUGAGCUGGGUUCAUUGACUCGCUGGAGCGAAAUUCGCAAGAAGAACCGAUUAAUUGACAAAGGAAUACAUCUUAACCGACAGACAGUCGACUUAGCACGCGACGAAAUCGACCGGAGGCGCCAUGAAUUCAUAGGUGACGUCCACCGGGGCGCAGAAGUUGUUGGGGACCUCGUCCGCAAAGUAAGCAAGAGGAGCAAGCGCAGCCACGAUAGUGGACAUGAUAACACUUCCCGAGACGAUCCCGAUGACAUGGGUCCACUAGGUCCACCAGGGGCCGGGCUUGAACAUGAGCAUUCCUCGUUACCCCGUGAGGUUUAUGCCGAGCGCGAAUGCGUCAUGGGCCAGGCGGUGCCAGAGGAAGUGGAGGUUUCAUCGAUAGACGACGGAUCGGACGACGACUCGGACGACGAACAUGAAUGGAUACAAAUGGAAGAUCAUUCAUCUCAUAUGACCUCGAAGGUUCAGCCAUACACUGACUUCAAAAGACAAAAUGUGCGAGGCGGAGAACCUAACACGGGAGAUUACGUGAUCAACAUGGAUACCAUCCAGGGUGAACACACUUCGCAUAGUGAAUUAAAGGUCAAGCCUGCUGAGCUGGAUGAUUCAGAGCAACAUGGCGUAGGCGAAGGUAAGGCCAAGUCAGUAGACACGGAAAUCGAAAGGCUAACCCAAGAGCACGGCGCUCAUAUGUAUAUGAGCAAGGUUAAGUCCGCAAGUACAGAGUUCGAAGAUGCUGACUCGAGUGGGAAAUCUAGCCGCAGAGGUUCAAAAGUAACGAAACAAGAUUAA